UCGACAUGUUCCAAAAAAAGAAGAAGUUGAUGGAAAUUGACGCGGCGACGCGAUGGGAGACUGGUGGAAAAAAAUUAACCAAUGUUACAGGUGCCACACUUGGCAAACAAACAAAAAUUUCUAGCAGCUUAACUCUUAACGAAUGUCUUUUUUUCCCCAUUUCUUAUUUCACAACGUUAAACCACUUAGCCAGAGUAUGUAACUUGUAAGCUGUAAACAUACCCUGCAGGGCUUUCUUUUUCUUCGUGGGGUUUGAAGGAGGUCACGGGCUAAUUAAAUAGCGAUGGAUAAAGAACUAAUGUGUGCGAUAUGCCUAGAAUUCUUCGAUGAACCAUUGAUGUUGCCAUGCAGUCAUAAUUUCUGCAGAAAGUGUUUACAGGGCAUUAUUAGUGCAAGAGAACAAUACACAAGCUACAGGCCCCAACGAUAUGUGGACUGCCCCUUGUGUCAGAGAAAGAUUCCACUUGAAAGGACAGGAGUUGACCAAUUUCCAGUGAAUCGUGUGCUGGACAAUGUUGUUAGUGUCUACAAGGCAGAGGCAGAAGUUUCAUUUAAUGAUGCAAGUUGGAGUAAGGAUGUAUCAGAUUCAGCAGGGCAAUGUCGUCUGCAUAAAGAACACUUAAAUUUUUAUUGUUUGUCCUGUAACCAGGCAGUUUGUAAAGAAUGUAAGUGUAUCAGCCAGAGAGAUACAGGUGCAUCUCAUCGAUUUAGUCCCAUCAAAGAACAACUCCAUCGGUCUCAGACAUCCAUCCUCGCAACUCUUUCAGAAAUUAGGAAGAAAAGUGUGAUGUUAAGUGACAGAAUUCAAAUUUUGGGUGAAAUUCUUGGUGGGAUUGAUGAAAAUGAAAAGCAUGUGCAAAGAAGUAUUGAAGAGGAGUUUGAGGCGCUGCGGUCACAGCUGAAAAGUCGACAGGAGGAGAUGAAGAGACGCUUACAUAAUGAUAUUGAAGCCAUCAAAAGACCAAUUAUGGAUCAACUGAGGAAGCAUAAAUCUAUAAACACCAGUAUAGAUGACCAUCAAAGAAAACUAAGCCUGGUCAAGACCACACAUGACCCGAGUCUACGAAUCAAGUUGUUACAGGAGUCUGAACGACAGCUAAACAGUCUGCUUUGCUUCGACCUGGCCUGGUUCUCCUCCAGUGACACACCUAUUGUAAAUAUGCCAACCUGGGAACUUCAGAAAAAAGAAGUGGAGAAUGCAAUCCCACAAAUCCACCUCAAACACUCAGGAACUGAACCACUGACUUCAGACUCUGCAGGUGUGGUUUCCAAGGAGACUAGCAUUGCCUCAGGUUUAAAAGGUCUAAGCUUUAGUGACAGCAGAAAGCCAGCACCUAACCUUGAGAUGAUGAAGCAGCCUGUUAGGGACGAUCCGUCGGCCUAUCUUAGAAGUUCUUCCAGCAAUACACUGGACAUAAAGACUGAACCACUAUCCACCCCCCCAACAGACGGGGCGGUGAUGCAUCGAAACGCAUUGUCCAUUCAUAAACACCCUCUUCCCCAAGAUCCUAACCGGCCAGCAGAGAUUAAGGAUGUUAGAACUACAACGUCGCUGUUCUUCCAUGGACAAUCAGGCAAACCUCAGGGCCAGCAGCGGGCCAACAUGAGUGUCACACUGCCAACCAGAUCUGAUAUUGAGAUUUUAUCCAACACCUCUAGUGUUCACCCACGAUUAUCACUGCCACCCAAUGGAAACACCAUUGCAAUCUCUUUACGAAGAAACUCGGAGGGAGGCCACCAGACAGUGGGAGGGGGAGAGGUCAGUACCCCCACCUCAGCUACCCUUCCAAUAACCACCCCUAUCACCAACUCCUUACUUGCCAACAUAAACAGUGUUCCUCCCACCACUUCUUCCUCUGUUAGUCUUACGAGUGAGGCCGGUGCUGCUUCUUUCCCCAUUGUCACAGAAGUCGAUAGAGUUCCUUCCAUGGAGACGGAGAAUGGUAUCAAUGCUAGCUCCUCCAAUGGGUUGGAGGGGGCCAACAAUUCUAACAAUAAUUCAGAUAACUUUGCUGACGCUAACUUGCCAAGGAUAACUGCACGAGAUUUCUCACCUGGUAGAAGUGUGUCCUACCCUGCUGGUCGUAGAAUUAUAAAGGCCAAAAAAGUUGUCAAAAAGUAACUCCCUGAUGGUACAUGUUGUAUCUUCAGAUUAUAAACCAAGACAUUUGUGAUGUUGUCAGAGGAAAACACCUAGGUUUAGUACUGAAGUUUAUUUAUGUAUGUUACUGUUGCUGCUUUUAAGACACAAUUGUAGAUUUGAUUUGGGAAAAUGAAAUUGUUAUAGUAAUCGAAGUAAAACUAUUAACUUAAAUCUCAUCAGUUGAAUGUAUUUACAUCUUUGUAAUUUUAUUUUAAAUUGAUUAUCAGAUAAAUAUAUUGUAUUCAUAUAACAAAUUUAUGAAUAGUAAUAUUUCUGUGUAAAAUAGAAGUAUGAACCGGUGAUGCAUAUAAUGUUUGUCAAUUACUCUGAUAUUGGUUAUAGUCUGGACCAAACGGCUCAAAGGCCUUUUUUCAAUCAAAGUUUAACGGUAUACCCCAGGACUACUAGACCAAAUUUUGUAUAUGAGUGACAGGGAGUCAUUUACUUUUGAAAUGCAAGGCCAUCCCCAAAUAUUAAGGAAAAAUAGGAGGAGGUCCAAAGUCAUACACAGGAAAACAUUUUGAAGAGCAAAAGGGCUAUGAUAUGCUAAUAUAUAUUAUAUCAAGUUUGUUCAAACCAUGGCUCGGGGGGGGGGUAUCAGUCUCCAAGGUUUCAUCUCAUAAGAAUUAGGUCUAUACAUUGAAAGUAAUGUUUAAAAUUAAAAUACUCUUGAUGUGUGUAGCCUCAGAUUUGUUCAGACAAUGGAGCCAAGGCCAACUACAAUCCUUGUAGGUCAGAGUAUUAUAUAUAUAUCAGAUUUUUACCUCAGUAACAAUGUUUUACUUCAUUGGAUUACUAUGCAAGCAUCCUGUUGCAGAGACCACAAGGGUGGGGUAAAUAUGCACAAAGAAAUGUAUCAAUAAAAUCAUUCAAAAGACCCCCAUUGUUUGUGAGUAGUUACCAGACAUGUGUUGUAAGUCCUUAGGCUAUAUUAUGCAUACAUCCUUGUGUAGUUGCAAAUAUGUUCAAAUGUCGGCCAUUUUACCCUGAUGAUGCCACAGAGGGAGUUUUACAUAAAAGUAAGGCCAUAGUCUGCCAGCAUCCUUUUGUAGUGCAGAUUCAACUUCACUCAAAUGAUGGUCUUUCAUUUUAUGUAGGGCACAAUAAGGGUUUAGUUAAGAGAAAUUUCCUCAUGGUAUUCAUAAAGUUGAAGGAGUAAAAUACUUAGCAUUUUCUUUUGAGACACUUGUACUAACAUUUCCUGGGUCAAAAGUACUGCCGGUAUGUAUAAUGCAAAGUCCAUGUUCUCUUUCUAACAAGUUGCUAUUUAUAAACCAUGAUUCACUUUGAAACAAUGUUGUUGUUGCUUUUUUUUUAAUUUUUUUUUUUAUAAAAAUAAAUGUUAUGUAUUAGGACACUGACCAACAAAACGGCUUGAAAAUACUUUCUUACAUGUAGUGGUGCAUUUAUUGUUAUUUUGUAAUUUGUUAUAUUAGUGUGAUAUUGUUGUACAUAUUACAAUGUUACCCUUUAGUAUUAUAUAUUAAAAAAGAUUUACACAGA